GUGAGGGUGUCGGGCGGUCCUUGUCUAGCAGCUCUCGAGAUCACCGACCUUGGCCACAUCAGAAGCAUUGAGAACUUUUAACAUCGAAUAAAUUGAGGUUUUAAUUUUAAAAAUGAACCGUUGUUGGAAGUGGUUAUUUGAGGUUAAAUAUUAAUCUAAAAAUGCCUGUAAUGUACCUACAUGACAUGAAAAUAAAUUUUUUAUUCCAUGAUAAGUAAUUGCUUUCAAAAGUAUGUGUUAAUGCGUAUAAAACCUGAAAGUAAAUUACAACGUGGUGCUACAGAACACGAUUGAGCAGGAAAUGCGUGUAAAAUGCCGAGCAUUGCAUUCCCCUCAUAUCAUUUUAGAACCCUCAGCCCUCAGAACCCUCGGCUCUCAGUUCUAGGUCACCGCCUUAUUAGUUUAGUCAAAAAUGCAAGACUGGAAAAUUUUAUUCAUAUGGAUUUUGCUGGGACUCAUCAAUGAAGUACAUGGAAACGCAAGAGGAGGUUCAGUGGAUGUGCUGGGUGUGCCGCCAGGCGCGUCUCAUGAAGAACGUCUCGUAUCCGCACGAUCUUUCCUGCACCAAACAACUUUACUUGUGGGAGCCCGGCGUCUAAGAUGGCCUCUCGAGGGCUCAAAGAACAGCACUCAGGCUCGCAGAACCUCUUCGCUGCAAGGCCUUCUUGAACUGCAGAGAUCUAAAGUAGCGGCGCAGAUGUGGUCCCUGGAGGUGCCGUGUGGGGCUCAGUACCGCAACGCCGUGCAGCUGCUGCUGGAGCAGCUCGAUGCUCUCAAGCGCAUCAUCAACGCACACGCACGGUAUGAUGCACCACCACGCACGGUAUGA